CCCGCCGUUGCCUCGGAGACAGCCUCCGGCUCUGGGGCGGGAGGGAGAGCAUCCAGUCGAGGCCCAGGAUCCCCGAGGAGGCGGGCGCGGGGAGAGGGCCGUCGGAGGUGGCCCGGGACCGGGGAGGGCAGGGGUCGGCCUCGGGAGCCCCCCUCCCGCCCCCCACCCCCAGGAGUCAGUGGCCCCAGAGUGGAGAUGUCCGUGCUGAGGAAGUACGAAGCGGCCCAGGAGGCUGAGGAGGAGAUCUACUGGGGCUGCUUCUACUUCUUCCCCUGGCUGCGGAUGUGGAAGAGGGAGAAGAGGGCAACCCCCACUGGCGGGCAGAAGCUGGACCCCGUGUCCCGGCUUCUCGGCUGCCUGUCCGGAAACCUCGACAACACGGUCCCCCUCCUGGCCUCCGCUCGGAGCAGCCCCCUCGGCCCGGCCCACCCCUCCGUCCUGCCCGGAGGUCACCGCCCGCGGCCGGCCGGAGGAGACCCCCUCGACCCAUACCCAGAUAAAAGGCCAGGUGGGGACAGAGCAGGCCAAUACUCCUGCAUCAUGAGGGGGCCCGGGCUCUCACUGGCCCUGGCCUUGGCCCUAACCCACUUCCUGAUCAGCUUCCACCCGGGGCAAGCACUGUUCCCGUUCCCCGCGGCCUCCUGCUGCACGGAACUGAGCCGUCACCUGCUGAAACCACAGCUCCUGAAGAAGGUGACCGGGGUGAAGCUGCAGGAAACCGGCGGGGGCUGUCAUCUCCGGGCCAUCGUGCUGCACUUGGGACGCCGCUUCCUCUGCAUCCACCCCAAGAACCGCUCCCUGACCCGCUGGUUCGAGCAGCUGCGGAAGCUGGGCCGGGGUCAUCUGAUCCCCCGAGGAGCCUGAAGCCGCGGCCCGGUCCCCCAGUAAAGUCGAGCUCUCCGGA